CAAAGUCCAGAGUGCAUGGAUGGAAGUGAGAGGGGAGAGAGUGCGCUAAGUCUUCCUGGGAGCAUCCAUUUGGGGUGCCUUGCAGAAGAAGGCUAGGGGAAAAAAGCAGGUCCUGUCGGUCAGAGGGGCAGGGCUGGGCCUUCUGCCAGCCAGGGGCCAGUCCUGGCACCACAGAUUCUGCUGUGGAGUGCCACCCAGGUGACCUCUGGGGAAAGGCCUCAGGGAUAAGGGAGGCAAAGAGGGUAGGUGGUCCUUACUCCAACUCACAGAUGUGACAGGCUAUUUGUGUGGUUGCUGGAAUGGAGAGCUCUCUGGUGGAGUGUGCCAAGGCUGAACACUUCCACAGGGUCACCCCUGUGCUGGAGAGCUGGGCACUGUCCCAGUUGGCAGGCAUGACUGUCUUCCUCAAGUGUGAGAACAUGCAGCCAACUGGCUCCUUCAAGAUCCGGGGCAUUGGGCAUUACUGCCAGGAGAUGGCCAAGAAGGGGUGCAGACACCUGGUGUGCCCCUCAGGGGGGAAUGCUGGUAUGGCUGCUGCUUAUGCUGCUCGGAAGCUGGGCAUCCCUGCUACCAUCGUGCUCCCCAAGAGUGCCUCCCUGCAGGUGGUGAGAAGGCUGCAAGGGGAGGGGGCUGAGGUUCAGCUGGUUGGAAAGGUCUGGGACGAGGCCAACCUGAAGGCACAAGAGUUGGCCAAGAGGGACGGCUGGGUGAAUGUCUCCCCGUACGACCACCCCCUGAUAUGGGAAGGCCACGCCAGCCUGGUACAGGAGCUGAAGGCAGUCCUGGGGACCCCACCAGGUGCCCUGGUGCUGGCAGUGGGGGGUGGGGGGCUCCUGGCUGGGGUGGUGGCCGGCCUGGUGGAGGUGGGCUGGCAGCAUGUGCCCGUCGUCGCCAUGGAGACCCGCGGGGCGCACUGUUUCAACGAAGCCAUCAAGGCGGGCAGGCUGGUCACGUUGCCGGACAUCACCAGUGUGGCCAAGAGCCUGGGUGCCAAGACAGUGGCCGCAAGAGCCCUGGCAUGCACACAGGAAUGCAAGAUCCUCUCCGAGGUGGUGGAGGACGCUGAGGCUGUGAGUGCUGUGCAGCGGUUCCUGGAUGAUGAGCGCAUGCUGGUGGAGCCUGCUUGCGGAGCGGCCUUGGCAGCCAUUUACUCAGGCCUCCUGGGGAGGCUCCAGGCUGAGGGUCGCCUGGGCCCUGCCCUGACUUCAGUUGUGGUCAUUGUGUGCGGAGGAACCGGCAUUGACAGCCAAGAGCUGCGGACCCUGAAGACCCAGCUGGGCCAGAACUGAGGGGUCUCAGCCUAGGAGGGCCGGCCAGGCCCCAAAGACCCCAAAGAGGCCCAUGGACAGACACCUUGUGGCUGGCAGAAGGGGCCUCUGUGCUGGUGGGCAGCUGUGGAAGCUGCCCUGUCCCUCUGUGCUGGCUGCUUCCUGCAGGAAGCCCUUCUGAACACUUACAAUAAAUGCUUUCUAAGUUGA